AUGACGUUUCCAGCACCAGCUCGCCCACGUCGUGGUGCGGUCUGCGUUUUGGCAUUCUUCGUCCUCACCACUCUCUUCCUCGCCCUCGCACGCCUUACCUCCUUCGAUCUGCCCAUCAUUAGCCGCCGUCCCGAACCCAAGGAAGAACCGAAACCCUCUCCAGCAGAUGCGCCCAUGUCCUACGGCGACACCGCCCGUCCGGGCUUCACCGACUUGUCGGUACACAUCAAUACACUGCCGGAGCACCACGUGCCCUCACGGUCGAACCCUGGCCGCCGGCUGAUCAUUGUCGGCGACGUCCAUGGCAUGCGCGAGUCCCUCGACACCCUCCUCACCGAGGUGCACUUCGACACUGCCCGCGGUGACCACCUGGUCCUGGCCGGCGACAUGAUCAAUAAGGGUCCCGACUCGCGCGGCGUAAUCGACCUCGCCAUGCGUCUUGGUGCCUCCGCUGUUCGUGGGAACCAUGAGGACCGAGUGCUGCUUGCCCACCGCGGCCUGAAGAAGACUUACGUCGCUGACGAGGAUGCCCACGGCAACCCCGCGCCCGCCAAGUCCGACAACGAGUCGGACAACGAAUCGGACACCAACACCGAGGAUAACGACGACGACCUCGAGCCUGCCAUUUUCCCCCAUGGCGACGCCGUCGAGCGCAGAACAGCCCGAUCCCUCUCCAAGAAACACAUUGACUGGCUCUCGGAGCUUCCUGUCAUCCUCGACGUCGGCUCCAUCGAGUCUCUAGGCAACGUUGUCGUCGUCCACGCCGGUCUGGUCCCAGGUUUGACUCUCAAACAACAGGACCCAUGGGCGGUCAUGAACAUGCGCGGACUAGUCUAUCCCCGCGAGGAGCUCCGCCGUAAGGAAGCCAAGAACGCCCUUGAGGACUACCGUAAGAUCCACACCGCGGCACCGGGUAUUACGGACAACAUGAUCAACGAGGAACACGAGCGGCGCCGCAAGCCCGAGGACCGCACGAUCGCCGUUCCGACAGACCGCCGCGACGGCUCAAGCAGCUGGACGAAGGCUUGGAACAGGCACCAGAAGGCUCUCCCCGCGACGGAGCCCCGCACGGCCGUCGUCUACGGCCACGACUCGAAAAAGGGACUCGAGAUCGAUAAAUACACAUUCGGUCUGGACUCGGGCUGCGUCAACGGCGGCGAGCUCAGCGCGCUCGUGAUCGAAGCCACGACAGAAGGCGUCACGCAUGAGAUCAAGAGCGUGAAGUGCGAAAAGGACGAUGGGAAGAAGAAAAAGAAGGGCAAGAAGAGCAAGAAGGAUAAGACCAGUUGA